AUGGCGGAGCGGCAAGGGGAGCAGCGAGCGGGAAAUUCAAAAUUCAAACCUGGGAAUGGCGGAUUUCUGGGGGAUGACAAUCUUUCUGUGGUUGGAGCUGGCAAUCAGACUGGUUUCCAGGCAUCACAGGGCACUGAAGGGGACAAGGAGACAAUCAAAUCGGUGGAAGAAAAAGAUUCCAAAAACGGGGACCCACACGAUAGAGAAAGCAUCAAAGAGGUAGAGCAAAGGAUAGAUGUAAGUGCUCAAAAAUCUGAAUCAAAGAUCCAGAAGGAAGGGCCCAAUCUUCAGGAAAGAGUUGAUAUGAAUUCCAAUGAUGAUGCUUUUGCCUCAUCCAAUUCUAAAGAAAAUGGGGGAGACUUCAAUGAGGCUCAAGACUAUAACAUUUCAGAUUUUGAGCCUAUUUUGCUAUUGACCAAUGGAAGCCCUAAGUCGAUCCAAUGCAAUUCUCCACCUAAUAGUUUGGAAACGGUGGUUUUGGAGGGAAAUCUUAGGAUUGUCAAUUCUAAAGAAGGUAAACCGAAUAAUGGAGGACCCAAUGGAGAGGACAAGGAAACUCAAAUGGAGAUGGAGAAUGUUUUUGGGGAUAUUGAAAAAGACAGUAGUGAGAUAGAAACAGAGGAGUCCAGAGGGGAGGAAAGUUGGAAAGAAGAGGAUGUGGGGGAAGAGGAAGGAGAAGCUGGGGAUGCUUCCGACCAAGAUAGUCCUACCCACAGUGUUAGUUUAGUCAAUAUCGAUAGCCAGCCAAGGGAGAAGGAGGAGGAUAAAAUUAAUGAGGAAAAAGAUACGGAUUUUGAGUAG